AUGGCUACCCCUAGUGCCCUCGCUUUGGACGCUGAGGGUCGGGCCAUUGACUUUGACGUGUGGGUAGAUGACCUGCAGCUUUUCCUACGCUGCGAUAGGGCGGACGGUCUCUCCCUCUUUGACCUCACCUCUGGUGCCUCUCCUGCCCCUGCUGCUGAUGUUGACGCCACUGCUCGCUCACAGUGGGCCACGCGCGAUGCUGCUGCUCGCCUUGUUGCCCUCCUAGCAGCAGAGAAGAGCAUAGUCGCUGUACGAGCCUCCCGUGGUGACCCUCGCACCCCCGUCUUUGAGGGGUGUUCCCCCUCCCCCCUUUUGCCCUCUGUUGCCUCUGCUGAUGCGGCCGACCUUGUUGGGCUUGAGUCGGUCGGUGCGGCGUCUACCCCUCGCAGGAGACGCCGCCCUGGCAAGGGCAAGGGGGGCAGGGGCGCUGGAGGGGCUAGCGGGGGCGGUGGAAGCAGCGGUGGAGGCGGCGGAGGGAGUGGGGGUGGCGGUGGGAGUGGUGGCGGGGGUGGUGGUGGUGGUGGCGGCAGUGGAGGCGGAGGCAGCGGCAGCGGUGGCGGUGGGAGCGGAGGUAGCGGAGGUGGCGGCGGUGGAGGAGGCGGUGGCGGAGGAGGUGGAGCUGGUCGGGGUGGCGCUAUGCAGCGGGUCGGCUCCGGUGGUGGUUCGCGCCAGCAGCAGCAGCGCACUCGGGACAUCCCCCCCCCUCAGCAGCUCCGUGAGUGGUACGCUGCACGUCAGCGGGGUUGGGGUACUGGUCCGUGCACCUACGUCCUACGUACCGGGGACCGCGCGGGUGAGCAGUGUGGGGGUGCGCACCCCACCCAGCGCUGCUUUGGCCACGUGACGGACGCUUGGCGUCACCAGUUCCCGGAGGCCACUAAGAUCCCCCGCUGGGGUGAGCUGUCUAGGGCGGGAGUAGCUAUCUUUGACCUUGACUUUGAUGCUAUUCUUGCUGUCAUGUAUGCUAUGACUAUUAGUGAUGAGGGUGACUGUUACCGGUGUUUUUCGCCUGACCCGGGUGACGAGAAGUGA